AUGGAGGCAUACAUCACCCUCCUCACAAACAACAACUAUGCCAGUGGCGCAUUGGUCCUCGCUCACUCCCUCAGGAGAUCACAAACAACAAAACAACUCGCCGUCCUCAUCACUGCUGCUGUCUCACGGCCCAUUCGUGACAGACUCGCAACAGUCUUUGACUCGGUCAUCGAAAUUGGAGAGAUCGAUUCCAAUUCAACAAAGAACCUAGCCCUCCUCGGUCGACCUGAACUUGGUAUUACGCUGACAAAGAUCCAUGUCUUCAACCAGACACAGUACUCCAAGGUCGUCUUUCUCGAUGCCGACACACUUGUCCUCAGGAAUAUCGAUGAUCUGUUUGAUACCGCCGCCAACGGGUCGCUUGACGAGGAUCGGAACAAGAGGUUUGCUGCCUCUCCCGACGCAGGCUGGCCCGACUGUUUCAACUCUGGAGUCUUUGUCUGCAAACCCUCGUUCAAGGAUUACACAGGCUUGAUCCAGAUGGCUAGCCAAGAAGGCACCUUCGAUGGUGGCGACCAAGGGUUGCUAAACAGUUACUUCAGCGGAUGGUCCAGGGGUGAAGCCAGCAACCGAUUGCCCUUCACCUACAAUACAACACCGACAGCCUCCUACAGUUAUGCUCCUGCAUACCAACAGUACAGGGACAGGCUAGCGGUCGUCCAUUUUAUCGGCAACUUCAAGCCCUGGCAAUGGCUCCGUUUCGCAGACGGAGCGGUAUUCCCUCGCAACACCUCCUCCAAGGACUCUGUCGAUUUGGUCCAGCAAUGGUGGAAUGUCUUUGACAACUUUGUCGGCGGCAAGCCCUCGGAUAUCCAUGAUGUGGUACAUGGCUACGACCUGCCACCCAUCAGCCAAUGGGACCAUGUCGGUCUUGACGGCCAGCCCCACGAACCGGACUCUGGGAAGGGGCCUCAUUACGAUGGGUGGUUCCAGGCAUAUGAACACCAGAACCAGGCCCAACAACCCCCACAGGAAGGACAUUCCGAUCAGUGGCAACCCCCAAUCCCACCUUAUCUGAACGAUAGGUUCCACGAGCAGCAUCACCAGCACCAUGAACACCACCAAAAUCAUGAGCAUCAUCAUCACCAACAGGAGCACCACCACCACCACCAUCAUGAACAUCAUGGGUACCAUGAUCACCACCAAAAUGGCCACCACGAGCACCAUCAAAAUGGCCACCAUGAGCACCAGGAGCAGCACCACCACGAAGAAAAUGAGCAUAAACAUGAACACCGCCAGCACCACGAACACCACGAUCACCACCAGCACCAUCAUCAUCACCAUGAGCAGAAUGGGCACCACGAACAUCAUGAACAUCACGAGCUACACCAUCACCAGGAGCCCGCAGUUCCUCAGCCUCCGACACAUCAUGAAACCCACUAUGCUUACAACCCUCAUCAUUUAACCGACUAUCACUACCAACCGCCUCCUCUGCCCCCAGUGAUACCUUCGCUUCCCGAGCCCGAGUCGCACAGCUGGCGACCAAAUGACAUGGCCUCUGGCGUAGAUGAGCGACAAACCCACCACAAGGGUACCACCAGCGUCGACCGGGAGGUCAAUCCUCACCAUUUGACGGACUAUCGGUAUAGGCUGCCUCCCGCCGUUGACUCCCCUGAUGUGGCCAACGGUGCGGCCAAGUUUAGUGACAUUAUACCCGAACCUGUCGGUCUCCCCGACAUGUACUACCCCAACGCCUGGGAUUUACCUGAGGAUCCUAGAAAGGCACACCCCGCUCUUGAGCACACGCCCCUUCCGAUCGAGAACACCACGAACGACAACAACACGUCGGUCCCUUCUGGUAAGGGUCGACCCAUCUUUCCAUGGGAGGCCAGUGGAUCUGUCGCCGCAACUCCUCGUACGCCCACUAGGAAGUACUACAACUAUGCCGCCAGUGCCGAGGAGCGGAAGCGCGAACAUGAUCUGGAGGUGACGAGGCGCUUGGAGAUCGAGGAGGAGGCGUUGAGGCAGAUUCGUCUGCAGGAGCAUGCCCGGUACGAGCGCGAGCGUCUCAAGGAGGAGGCCCAAGAGAAGGUGACAGGAAGUCAGGCGUUCGAGAGCUUUAGGCUAGUCAAUGCCUGGGACGUUGAUGUCGGAGUCCAAAUGUCGAUCUUGCAGAAGACGGAGAAGAGGCGGCCUAGGAGUCGCAAGACCAGUGCCGGUGGAUUCCGUAAGGGGUACGGCCUCGAGGAUAUGCUGGCAUACGAGACAAGGCAGCGUCAAGAACAGUUUGAGGCCGAGCUGAUCCAGCAGCGACUUGAUGAGGAGGAGCGUUGGCAGAAGGAGCAAGAGGAGGCCAGAACCAUAGAAGAGGAGCUUCGUCUCGAAAAUUUGCGGCUUGCCAAGAUUGCCAGGAUACAAGACCAAGAGCGUCUGAGGAAGCAGGAAGAGAGCUCGACCUAUGUCUUUAGGAACGCCUGGGAUCCGCCCAACAUUGGAGUUACCAGGAAGAAGCUGCGUAUUGAGGAUGAGGAUAUCGAGUUUGCUCUUCCCCUCCGGCAGGACCGCAAAUCUGGUAGCUCGAUGACUUUAGGAUGGGGAUCGUCAACCAGUGCUCCUACCCGUGAGGAGACCGUGGCCAGAGCAGGCCGUGUUACUGUUGCUGCAGGAGGUGCCGCAGCCGCUGGUAUCGCCUUGGCUGCUCGAUCCGGAGCCUUUCAGGGCAGUGAGGAGUCUGACAAGGUGACCGAGGUCUCUGGUCGUGCUGCUCACAGUGCUGGCUCUGGUGCUGCUAUCACCAAGAUGGAGGUAACCACCUCGUCCACUGACACGGACACCAGUGCAUCUAAUGGCACAAAGACGACUACCUCCUCGACAUCGACGACCACAGAAGGCGCCUCGUCAACCAAGAAAACCACAGCCUUACAAGGUGUCAUCUCUUCGACCGCAACCAAGAUCACCGCGCCUGGCACCCACCGGUUCGUCAGGACCACCGUCAACACGACCAUCACGCGUAGGAAGUUUGUUAAUAGGGCGGAGGUCAGCUCGACAACCACGAGUAAUACGACCGGAGGAGAAAGGAUGUUUGAGAUUCCUGCAGGUCCUCGCUCUGGUAGUUACUUUGUUGGCCAAGGACGUCGUACCGAGUCUGUUAGCCACUCUCAAGGGGCAAGUCGUUUGGCUGGCACUACUACCGCCCGCACCACUACUGCUACUACUGCUACGGCCAACAAGGCCAGUACCCAGCGGGGUAUCACUUCGGGCCUCACAAGUGAGACCAAGACGCUUGCCGAGGGACGCAAGUCGAUUCAUGACGAGGGAGAAAAGUCGACCCAAGUCACUCACGUUGUCAGCAAUAUCUUUGCUCCUGUCACUGUGUACCAGGCUGGUCAGCAAGUCACCACAGCGGCUGCUACGACCAGCGAUUCGACCAGGACGACUGCAACCACUACGUCGACCAGAUCUGCUGUUGAAGGCUCCAGCCAUUCGGUGGUGUCUGGCUUGGCAUUAUCUUCUUCGCAUUCGGGAUCAUCGGGAUCGACAAUCAGGACGGAGGUUGUUGAGGAGCCGAGGAGGUUGGCCAGCCUGGCGCUUCAAAUCGACACGGGUAGCCCGACCAAGGAACGUCGAGCUGAGGAAGAAUGGGCGUUGGAAUACGACGAGCGACAGAGGAUCAACGAUUUGCGAGAGAAAAAUGCGUCCGCUGCGGCUGCAGCUGAGGCGAUGCAGGUUCUGGACAGAUACCCUCAGGCCACGGACCGAUAUGCCAACAGACGGAGAGCCGACAGCACCUCGAGUGCCAAGAGCAUUGGCGGUGGUGGUGCCUUGUAUGCCAACGACCCUCACGCGUUUAGCUCGGCAUUCCGCAGUGCUGCCAGGGAGAAGAGUAUCAAGACCUCCACGGCUCGAUCGGACGCUUCAGGUAACGAGGACGACAAUGUGUACCAAGAGGAUCUGGAUGAGCUCGAGUACUUUGGAAUGAGGCAUACGCGAGGUACGCUUCCUUUGGGAUCACCGUACAUGCCGUCGACCCCUUUGGCGGGUUCAUCUCAGCGGUACUCUGCGUACUCUGCAUCAGCAUCUGGUUUCUCGAGCAGAGCAGGCAGUCGCCCAACCACUCCUGGACCAUCGACGCCAUCGCGCUUUGGACCUGGCACUCCCAAGUUGUCAUCCAAGCGGGCGCUUGAUCUGAAGCAAGGAACAAUCAAGGGCCUGCAGCAGCCACAGUCGCAGUCGGAGCAGCAGCAGAGCGGCAUGGGCGACUUUUCCAAUUACAGGAUCGAGUGGAACUGGAAGGAACUGUUGGGUAAGAAGCCUCGUCACUGGAGCGCCGAAGCGGGUGAAGAGUACUAUGACCCCUACAACGCCUUGUCGACGCAUGGCUCAUUGAUUGAUUCGGACGAGGAUAACCAUAUCCUUCAAUCGUCGGACGAGGACUCUGAGGAGGAAGAGGAGGAAGCCCUUCGUGCCCAGCAGCAGAAGAAAUCCGAAGGGGUUGAAGGAGGAGGAUUCAGUAGGAGUGGCAGCAGCAACAGCAGUCUGCGUGGUAGUGGUGCGUUUGCGACUGGAGCGGACAAUGAUUUCACGCGCGAGUCGGAGUUUGUGAUCCGUAGUGGCAAGAUUGCUCGACGACGAAGCAGCAUGGUCCUCGAUCGCGAGCUGCUCUAA